AUGUCCAACAACUGUGAUGACGGAACGGACCGGACCCUUCCCCAAAGCAUCCCUGAGCAAGAGCAGGGGAGGCAGGGACCCCAGGAAAUGACCGGAUCCACACUCACCGCGGCCAGAGUAAGUUUCCGAGAGCACAGCUCCACACCGCGUCCUCCCGGCCCCCACGUCAUCAGUGGCUUCCUGCCAAAGGAAUCCCAAAGCCCCUCUCCACCAACCACUCUAGUCCUCCCCCUACAAGUCCUGCUCACCCCGUACGUCAGUUGGAGAGCAUCGUCUGUCCGGAAGACAAGCCCCCCACCUUCCACCUGUUCUGCAGAAAUGCCACUGCACCUGCCCGCCUGUCCAGAUGACUACCCACCUGUCCAGGAGUUGGUCUUAACAUCCCCAGAUAAACAGCUAACACUUCUCAAGAAGAAACAGAAAACAAAGGAUUAUCACUUGAAGCCGCAGCUAAAGACUAGAAAAAUCUACGGCUUACCUAAGAGCCUGAUCAGGUUGCCAGCAACCAACCCUCCAAAUGAAGAUUCCGAAAGCGGGGACGCCAGCCAACGGAAGCCCAGCUCUGGAUGCUGCCACCCAGGCUCUCGGAGCCAGGUGUGGUCCCCUGCCAACCCCCGCUUGGAAUUAACAGACUCAGCAGGAAAUCCCUCCCAACCCCUGGGAGGAAAGUACUGUGUACACAAAUGCCCCAUCACAGCCCACUCCACCAUCACGUGUGCACGACGGGCUCGCUCCAGAAGCAUGCCCACUGCAACAAAAGACAAGGCAACUCAUCUGCCGGUGGCUGGCGUUUCCACCAAGAAGAAAAAGACACAGGUUGAGAAGCGCCUAAGCUCCUCAAUAAUAACAAAUGCACUCGGAUAUCAGCGCGAUAAGGAAGCCAGAGCGGAUCUCGGCGUGCACAUUUUCAAGUUAGGGCCCAGACUCAAAUCCAGCCUGAACUGGAACCCAGCUCUCAAAGCUGUUUCUGAAGAUUACAUUGAUUGCAGCAUUCCUUCAACAAGUACUUACUGA